CACGCACACAGAGGACAACUCUCCCCGACCAGGACGAGUCCUUCCUCUGUUCUUCAGGAGCUGCUGAAGUCAUCGGGUGUGAAUCUUCUGCCUUCUUCAUUAGCAUUCAUCUGACCUCCUGUCCAGACUACGACCAUGGACGCAGCUGCAGUGGUGACUCUUCUGGCUGUGCUCGUGACGAUGGCUGGCGUCAGUCAGGCUCUUCUCAUCCGGGGUGGUGUGGACCAAAAUGACAUCCUGCCAGGCAGCUCAGAGGAAAACAUGGCCGACCUCCUGCUGGGGCUGAAGAGUGAAAACACAGAUAACAGCAUUGAUGAUCGCCUACUGACCUCAGUGCUCAGAGCUCUGCUGCUCGGAUCUCAGAGAGAAACCAGGAACUCAGUCCUGCAUCAGCCACAGAGGUUCGGCCGUGAUUCCAGAGGGCAGGUGGUGACGGAGGACCAAAUACACACUCGUAACUGGGACGCAGCCCCCAAUCAGAUCUGGAGUAUGGCCGUCCCCCAGAGAUUUGGCAAGAAGUAAUCUGGCUGUCAGAUCUGCACAUCACCGUCCUGGUACGAGGCCGAGCAACGGGCAAAUGUGGAUUGACGAAAUUUGAAUGAAUUAAUCUGACUUCAAUUAAAAACUCUCCAGAGUUUCCAACAUGGUCCUCAUUAGGCCUGACUUCACACCCGACGUCCACUCUCAUUGACGGGAGAUUCAUUCACACAGUUUUCUUUUGAUUUCCGACACCUCGAAGCAUGUUAACUAGUGCCUAUUAAAGUUUUCUGAGCAGAUCUUACUGGUCCUGACCUGAAUGUUAGUAAGAACCCAGAAUUUUGCUGUAAAUUGAUCGCCAUCUCGUUGUUAUUCUUUUGUUCUCUGGUCAAAUAAAACAGCUUUGAAUUUG